CUUUGCCCUCACCUUCCUGCGCGUCCCGGCGUUUUAAAACCCAAACAUUACAGACAGAGGAAGACUGCGCGCUACGCACAUGGAAAAGCGCAAGCUUUUUUUCAGCCCUGCGCGUCGCACGAUGGCUCAUAUAUGAGUAGGACACUUUGGGAUGUGGACAUAUACGAGUGUCUCCGCGGAGGGAAGCGCAUGAGAGAACCACACCAUACACACAUCCACACCGCUGUCCGUCUCCCACGACACCGAGAAGGACUCCUCCCCACCUCGGCCGUGACACCUCCGCGAAAUCGCUGAGAAAAGAUAAACAGUUUGGGUGUUUUUUUUUUCUUUUCUUCCGCACGCUGGAGACGAAAGACUGAGGCUGUCAUUCAGAUGCCACAGACCGAUUGUAUGGGUUUAAAAAGUUGCCUGGAGAAUAUGGACAUCUGACGUGCGCCACACGGCGUCAUUGGACACAUUGGGCCUCUCUCUUUACAGCUCGCUCUGUGUUCGCUCCAUCACUUCUCAGACUGGUUAAUCCCCAGCGCUUUGGAGUAAGAAGAAGAAGAAGAAGAAGUGUUGAGCAGUUGUCAUUUAGCCUGACACACGGGCUGCAUCCAGUAUCUACCUGCAGAAGGGGGAGCGAGUACUAUCUCACCAACAGAAAAGACACUGCCUGUUGUGCCGUGUGCUGAUCUCACUCUCCGUGCAGCAGUGGCUUUGUGUUGGCUUUCUUUUCCUGUCCACCACGGAUUUGUCACAAGUGACACCCUGCGUGAAAUACAGCCUAUGAAUCACCCGGACCCGCGCCCCGCAUCGGAGUGAAAACGCAGUGACGCGUAUGGUUUUGUUGCUGCCCAGUCAAACCUGAACAAGUGUCAUCACAAGUGUCCACUUGAAUGGUCACAUUUUUCGCCUCCCUCUCGUUCCCGUGCUGUGCGCAACCGUUCGUAUUUGCGCAUGAAACGCACGGCCACAUGUGAAUGAGACUCAUCCUCCCGGCCGAAGCGCUCGCAACAACUCGACUGACCGAGCCACGCUGAAGAGGGAUACGUGCCGAAGUUUCGCUGUAGUGAUGCUGCAUGUGGAAAUGGUCCUGUUUGUCUGCCUGCUGCUGUUGAUGUGUGUUUUCAGCCAGGAGCCCAGCUCCAAAGUGGUGGCAGACCGCUACGCUGUCUUCUGGAACCGGACCAACACCAAGUUCCAUCGUGGGGACUACCACAUCGACGUGUGCAUAAAUGACUACCUGGACGUCUACUGUCCUCACUACGAAGACACGGUGCCCGAGGAGAGGACGGAGCGCUACGUCCUCUACAUGGUCAACUACGACGGCUACAGCACGUGCGAUCACACUGCCAAGGGCUUCAAACGCUGGGAAUGCAACAGGCCGCACUCCCCGAACGGGCCGCUCAAGUUUUCUGAGAAGUUCCAGCUCUUCACUCCGUUCUCUUUGGGCUUUGAGUUCAGACCGGGCAGAGAAUACUACUACAUCUCCUCCACCAUCGCUGAGAACGGGAGGAAAACAUGCCUGAAGCUCAAAGUUUUCGUCCGACCAUCAAACAGCUGUGUGAAAACUAUAGGCGUACAUGACCGUGUUUUUGAUGUAAACGACAAAGUAGACAAUACAUUAGAACCACGAGACGACACCAGUCACGAACCCGCCGAGCCUUCCCGAAGAGAAACGAAUGCUGCCCCGCGUCUGCAGAAAACAAGUCCGCUCCUGGCUUUGUUGCUCGUCUGCCUCGCCGCUCUCUUCACUUUAUAGCGGCCCCCUCUGUCCUGGAGGGCAUUAACACCUAGUGUGGCCUGAGUAUGCCCAAGGCUGCAGGGAAAGGGGUGGGG